CUGGUCAACGUUGGCGAUGAUUACAGCCAAAGCCCACUCCACUAUGCCUGCCGACGCUCCCGAACCAUCAAUUGCGUCAAGCUGCUGCUCCAACGCAACGCCAACGUCAAUGCCUCCGAUAAACAAGACGUGACUCCAUUGCACAAGGCGUGCAUGUACGGGCACCGCAAGAACGGCCAUCCACAUCUCGUGUCACUGCUGAUCAAGGCCGAUGAAAGCAUCAUCCACUUGGUCGAUGCUCGCGGGCGCACGCCCUUGCACGUGGUAAGGGGCCAACUGGAGGCUGUCAAGCUUCUUUUGCAGAACGGAGCCGAUCUGACAGUCACUGAUAAGCUUGCGUAUGUGUCUCGCAGCGCUGACAUGCCACGCUGCUUUUGGCAUCUCAAAGCUUGA